AUGACAGUGAAGAUUCGGACCAAAAAGAGAAUUUAGAAACAGAAAUAGAAGAGAGAGAAGAACGGGAGGAGAAAGAGGAGAAAGGACAGCUCAAACAAAGGAAGAGAAAGGGUGUGGGAUCAAUGGAAGAUCUGUGGGAUGAAAAUAUUUUCGAAGACUCUACACCCUCUAAGAAGAUUCCAAAAAAAGACGCAGAUUUAAAGGUGUGUGAUCCUCUAGAGAAGGCCCCUGUACUGAAGAUAUCACUAGGAAAGCAGAGUACAGUUGUUAUGUUCCCGCCACCUCAACCCUUGCCAAGUACAAGUUCACAGACAUCUGAUUCUUCUUCUAGUUCAAGUACUAGGACAGAUAAACCUGAUAGGGUUAAACUCAUUAUUCCAUCUCAGUUUAGAGGACGAAACUGUACAGCUGAGGCCAAGGCUGCGAAGCGUGCACUGAAGAAAGCAAAGAAGGAAGCUCAGAGAAAGGUGAUGAUGUCACCUCGCUACCUUCACAGCUGGUCACCUUCCUACCUGCCCAGCAGAUCCCCUUGUCAUCUUACUUCCAGAUCCCCUUCAUACCUCUCCAGUCGGUCACCAUCAUAUCUAGCUUGUCGGUCACCAUCAUAUCUUUCCGGUCGGUCACCAUCAUCCUUGCUUAGUCGGUCGCCAUCGCAGCAUAGGAACUUUUCCCCGGGACAGAGUCCUGCACAUAGAGGAGUAAAUGCAUCACCAGCCAGAUUCAGUCCUUUCCCCUCGCCUGUUCAGAGUUUUCCAGCUGUACCGGCCGGUCAACCCUCAUCACUUCUAUCACCUGUGUAUCCGAACAGGUUUAGUUGCCCGGUGACCCCUGAUAGUCCUGCCUACACCCUGGUCUGCCCUAGCUCACAGAAAAUAAUUAUUAGGAAAAAUAAGAAGAAGAAACACAAAAAGAAGGAAAAAGAUCUGAAUGAGGAGAAGAAGGAGAAUAAAGAGGAGAAGAUUAAAAAUGAAGUUUUGGAAUUCUCUGUUUCACAAUCAAUCAAUUCAUCAGAUUUAACCAUCAAAGAUCCUGAAUCUGGAGUUGGGACUGCUAGACAAGAAUCCUCGGAGGAUGAAAUAUAUUUUGACGAGAUCGCUGAACCUAUUCUUGAGAAACCAGGAAUCUCGAUGGAAAGCCAGGAGUUGGCUGACGGAUUGACCCUGCGGCGAGGAGAUGUAGUUUGGGCCAGGCAGGGCAGGAAACCAUACUGGCCGGCAAAGAUAAUACAUCUUCUUCUACUGGAGGAUAGAGUUAAUCCAGAACUUAAAAUACAACAUGCACAGGUAUCUUGGUACACAUCUGUGACCACGUCAGUGCUACCCUCGGCCAACCUAGCACCAUUUCUUGAUAAAUACGAGAAUAUAUUCCACAAGCGAAGGAAAGGAGCUUAUAAAACCGCAGUAAAGCUUGCAGCUGACGAUGCAAGAGGGUCGAGCCCAGUGAGUUCAGCAUUAUUAGUUAGUCCAACUUCUAUUCAAAGAGAUAGUCCUUAUCAAAAUAGUCCAAGAUGUCAAAGUCCUACUCUAGUCCAUAGUCCAGUUUUUGUUCCUAUCCACAGCCCAGUUCAGCAUCAGAUGAUACAUAGUCCGCUUCUAGUUCAUAGUCCAGCACAGUCCCCGACACUAGCGGCAAAGUAGGGACCAGUACAGUCCCUGACACUAGGGACCAGUACAGUCCCUGGCACUAGAAACCAGUACUGUCCUUGACUUUAGGGACCAGUACAGUCCUUGACACUAGGGACCAGUACAGUCCUUGACACUAGGGACCAGUACAGUCCUUGA